UUUUGGAAAAAAUAGCAUUAUCCACAGUGGAAGAUAUUCUACGUUAAACAGUUAAAAGUAAAGCUUCUUCAACGGUUAUAACCAACAAAACUGUCAGCCUCACAGUCACAGAGCAGCCAGCAACAAUGGCGGCUCCUCUUUCCCUCCACCACAUUAGACCGCCUUUCAAUUCCGACAUCCCACACUUAUGCACCAAACCCACCACAGCCACCGCCAUCGCCGCCACGGCCGCCGUCGCGACCGUCACCAAAAACCCAAUUGAACCGCACCCAUGUCUCACAUUACUAGACAAAUGCUCUACAAUGUCCGAGCUCAAGCAAAUCCACGCCCAACUUCUCCGAACCGGGCUCUUCUUCGAUGCCUUCACGGCCAGCAAAGUCGUCGCCUUUUCGGCUCUGGAAGGGUCUGGGAGCCUCCGUUAUGCCCGUUUAGUCCUAAACCAAAUCCCCAAUCCCACUACUUACACUUGUAACUCGGUUAUCCGUGGCUACACUAACAAGGAUUUGAACCGGGACGCUAUUCUUUUCUACCAAGAAAUGAUUUUGCAAGGUUGGGUGCCUGACAGGUUCACAUUCCCAUCUCUGUUCAAGUCGUGCGGGGAUUUGCAUGAGGGAAAACAGCUGCAUUGCCACUCUACGAAGUUUGGUUUCGCUUCGGAUUCAUACAUUCAGAACACUCUGAUGAACAUGUAUGCGAAUUGUGGAUGUUUGGUCUCCGCUCGGAAGGUAUUCGACAAAAUGACUGAGAAGAGUGUGGUUUCUUGGGCAACCAUGAUUGAUGCUUAUGCGAAAUGGGAUCAACCCGUUGAAGCUUUGUGGUUGUUUGAGAGGAUGGAGAGUGAAAAUGUGGAUCCUAACGAGGUUACAUUGGUUAACGUUUUGACUGCGUGUGCGAGGGCGAGGGAUUUAGACAUGGCAAAAAUGGUGCACCGGUGCAUCGAUAAUUACGGUUUUGGGAGCCAUUUAAAGCUCAACACGGCGCUCUUGGAUGUUUAUUGCAAGUGUGGAUGUGUAUCGCUUGCUCGAGAUUUGUUUGACACAAUGCGGGAGAAGAACUUGUUCAGUUGGAACAUCAUGAUCAAUGGACAUGUUGAGGACAGUAACUACGAUGAAGCGUUCCUCCUCUUUCGGGAAAUGCAGCUUAAAGGAGAAAAGGGAGAUCAGGUGACUAUGGUGAGUUUAUUGCUUGCUUGCAGCCAUUUGGGUGCUUUAGAGCUUGGUAAGUGGUUGCAUGCCUAUAUAGAAAAGGAGAAAAUUAAGGUUGACGUUGCCCUUGGGACGACACUUGUUGACAUGUAUGCAAAAUGUGGGAGCAUAGACGAUGCAUUGGAAGUUUUCCGAAAGCUGCCUGAGAAGGAUGUUAUGACUUGGACAGCGUUGAUUUCCGGUUUUGCGAUGUGUGGACAAGGGAAGAAGGCUUUGGAGCAUUUCCAUGAGAUGCAGAAGAGUGGGGUGAAACCAGAUGCAAUAACAUUUGUUGGGGUUUUGGCUGCUUGUAGUCAUGCUGGAUUAGCAGACGAGGGGAUUUCGCAUUUUAACUCAAUGUCUGAAGUACAUGGCAUUCAGCCUAGCAUUGAACACUACGGUGGUAUGGUUGACAUAUUAGGCCGAGCUGGUCGCAUUGCCGAAGCAGAGGAGUUGAUUCGGAAGAUGCAAAUGCCGCCGGAUCGUUUUGUUUUGGGAGGGCUUCUUGGUGCCUGCAGAGUCCAUGGCAACCUUGAGGCUGCAGAAAGAGUUGCUCGACAGCUUCUAGAACUUGACCCGAACGAUGAUGGGGCGUAUGUGCUUCUAUCAAACUUGUAUAGUUCUAUGAAGAAGUGGGAUGAGGCCAAAAGAAUCAGGGCACUCAUGGCAGAAAGAAAUGUGAAGAAAGCUCCAGGUUGCAGUCUGAUUGAGGUUGAUGGCAUUGUCCAUGAAUUUGUGAAGGGCGAUUCAUCUCACCCGCAAACAAGCAGCAUCUAUGAAAUGCUGGAAGACAUGAUCAGCCGGUUGAAGAAAGCCGGUUAUGUUCCUGAGAAAUCUGAGGUGUUGUUGGAUAUAGAUGAAGAAGAGAAGGAGACUGCACUCAGCCUCCACAGUGAAAAGCUGGCAAUUGCAUUUGGGCUCAUAAGCACAAAACCGAGGACAACAAUACGAGUAGUGAAAAACCUGAGAGUAUGCAGCGAUUGCCACACUGCAACCAAGCUCAUCUCGAAAGUUUACAACAGAGAAAUAAUCGUGCGGGACAGAAGCCGCUUUCAUCGGUUUAGGGAUGGAUCUUGUUCCUGUAAGGAUUUCUGGUGAUGUAGCUUUGAAUAUAUUAACAAACUUCAAAAUUCUUGUUCACUGAAAA